GCUCCACCUUGCCUGACCUCCAGACUGGAGGAACGCGGUCCUCCCCGGCCAGAUCACGGUUAAAGUUUAUUGUCUCCGCUCGAGUGCUUACUGUAAACAGGCGAGUUCACCUGGGCGGUGGCAGGGGAAAGCGUGCGGAGAGCAGAGCGGCUGCGGGGAGAGGCGGUCACGCUGCACAGGACUCUCUCUCUCCCGGGGGAAGGGACAACAUGUCCACCAUGGUGGAGGUCAGGGCCAGCGAGUUGGCGGCACUCCGGGAGCACGUUUGCGCCGUCAGCCGGGACUACAUCUGCCAGCCUCGCCUCACCUACCGGACCAUCUCGGCCGUGAACGGACCACUGGUGGUUCUGGACAAUGUGAAGUUCCCCCGGUACGCUGAAAUCGUGAACUUCACCCUGCCGGACAAAAGUUGUCGGAGUGGACAGGUGCUGGAGGUGGCUGGAUCCAAGGCUGUUGUUCAGGUAUUCGAAGGGACGUCGGGGAUUGACGCCAAGCUGACAGCCUGUGAAUUUACAGGGGACAUUCUGCGGGCUCCGGUCUCCGAGGACAUGCUGGGUCGCGUGUUCAACGGCUCAGGAAAACCCAUCGAUAAAGGACCCGCUGUCGUAGCCGAGGACUUCCUCGAUAUAAACGGACAACCCAUAAACCCGCAGGCUCGAAUUUACCCAGAGGAGAUGAUCCAAACAGGAAUUUCUCCCAUCGAUGUGAUGAACAGCAUUGCCCGAGGCCAGAAGAUACCAAUAUUCUCAGCAGCUGGUCUCCCUCACAACGAGAUCGCUGCGCAGAUCUGCCGCCAGGCAGGGUUGGUGAAGAAGUCCAAAGCGGUGAUGGAUUAUAGUGAUGACAACUUCGCCAUUGUCUUCGCUGCAAUGGGGGUGAACAUGGAAACUGCUCGAUUCUUCAAGUCAGACUUUGAGGAGAAUGGUACCAUGGACAACGUGUGUCUGUUCCUGAACCUCGCCAACGACCCAACCAUCGAGAGGAUCAUCACCCCUCGUCUGGCACUGACUGCAGCCGAGUUCCUGGCCUACCAAUGUGAGAAGCACGUCCUGGUCAUCCUAACAGACAUGAGCUCCUACGCAGAGGCCCUGAGAGAGGUGUCGGCAGCGCGGGAGGAGGUGCCUGGACGCCGGGGGUUCCCGGGAUACAUGUACACCGACCUGGCUACCAUCUACGAGCGGGCGGGCCGUGUGGAAGGGCGUUCCGGCUCCAUCACACAGAUCCCCAUCCUCACCAUGCCCAACGAUGACAUCACCCACCCCAUCCCGGACCUGACUGGCUUCAUCACCGAGGGACAGAUCUACGUGGACAGGCAGUUACACAACAGACAGAUCUACCCACCCAUCAACGUGCUGCCAUCACUAUCUCGUCUGAUGAAAUCGGCCAUUGGGGAGGGCAUGACCCGCAAGGAUCACGCUGAGGUCUCCAACCAGCUGUAUGCCUGCUAUGCCAUCGGGAAGGACGUCCAGGCGAUGAGGGCUGUGGUUGGUGAAGAGGCACUCACCUCCGACGACCUCCUGUACCUGGAGUUCCUGCAGAAAUUUGAGAAGAACUUCAUCUCCCAGGGUCCCUACGAGAACCGUUCCAUCUUUGACUCCCUGGACAUUGGGUGGCAGCUGCUCCGGAUCUUCCCCAAGGAGAUGCUGAAGCGGAUCCCGGCCAACAUCGUGGCUGAGUUUUACCCCCGCGAGUCCCGCGAGAGCAAGGAGGAAACCGGGGUCGGGACUGGAACACACUUGUGAGCGUCCAAUACAGAGAUUAGCUGACCCUGUGCACUCCCCCACUCCCCCACUCCCCCCACCACCACUGCCUCCACCAUCUGCACCCUCCCCUCCCUGAGCAUGGUAACUACCCCACAGCCCCCCUCCCUCUGUUCCUUAUCCAGUCCCGGAAUAGAGACCACAAGUCCACAAGACUUAGGUGCAGAAUUAGGCCAUUCAGCCCAUCAAAACUGCUAUGCCAUUCCAUCAUGGCUGAUUUAUUAUCCCUCUCAACACCAUUCUUCUGCCUUCUCCUCAUGACCUUUGACACCAGGACUAAUCAAGAACCUAUCAACCUCCACUUUAAAUAUUCCCAAUAUCUUGGCCUCCACGGCCAGGCAAUGAAUUCCACAGAUUUACCACCCACUGGUUAAAGAAAUUCCUCCUUAUCUCUGUUCUAAAUGGACAUCCCUCUUUUCUGAGGCUGUGCCCUCUGGUUCCAGACUCCCACAGAACAGGAGACAUUCCCUCCACAUCCACUCUGUCUAGGCCUUUCAACAUUUGAUAGGUUUCAGUGAGGUCCCCCUUCAUUCUACUAAGGUCCAUCAUGUUCAGGCACAGAGCCAUCAAACACUCCCUCAUACCUUAACCCUUUCAUUCUCGAGAUCAUUCUUGUGAAUUUCCUCUGGACCCUCCGCAAUGCCAACACAUCCUUUCUUAGCUAAGGGGCUGACAGUAGUCCAAGUGCAGUCUGACCAAUACCUUAUAAAGCCUCAGCUUAUAAUUGUCAACACCCAGGUGCGAAUGCCUUACUGAGCCGUUUCAGAGGGCAGUAAGGCGACAUUGCUCUGGUGCACUGUAGCCUGGCCAGAAAGGUAAUCAGAUUGGACUUUAUGACAAGCUGGAAUAGCCAGUCCUUAGAUUACAUAGAACCUUAAAAUAUCAAGAGUCAAUGUCCAGUAUUGUUUAAUGUCAUUUCCUGUAUGCGGCUGUACGAAGAACAAAAUUGCUACUCCAGGUAGGAAUAACAACUCCAAAUAUAAUAUAGGACCAGAAUUAGACCAUUUGGCCCAUCAAGUCCAUUCUGCCUCAUUCCUAUUCUCACUGCCCAUAAACCAUUAGCCUUCUUACCAAUCACAGAGCUGUCAAUCUCCAUCCUAAAUGGCCUUCAUGGCCGUGGAUGGCAAUGAAUUCUAUAGAUUCACCUCUGCCUUCGGAAGUUCCUCCUCAUCCCCGUUCUAAAUGGAUGCCCCUCUAUUCUGAGGCUGUGCCCCAUGGUCCUAGACUCCUCCACUAUAGGAAACAUCCUCUCUAUCCAGGUCGUUCAGUAUUGGGUAGGUGCACCCUCAUCCACCUGAACUCUAUCAGGUACAGUACUAUCUCAGAGAUAUUAAACACUCCUUGGACCCUGCGGCUGAUGUCCCUGUUCCACCUGAGAACUGUCCCUCAUCCCAUUUCUCCAAGCCAGAAAUGUUCAUUUUACUGCAGCCACCCACACUGUCUUGUUCUAUAGCUACUUGAUGGAAUUCUCUCUCCGUAAUGAUAGAACACGGAACAGCACAGCACGACAACAGCCCCUCCAUCCCAGCCAACCCUAAUACCGAUUUAAACUGUACAUUUGCCUGUACGUGGCCCGUCUGCCGCCUGUUCACGUGUCUGUCAGUAGAUGCCUCUUAACUGUUGCUAUGGUCAGGUGAGACAACAUCUAAUUAACCUGAUGGAAUGUGUGCUGUCGUCCCGCCCCAACUAGCACCAUGGAGAACUUUCACCCGAAGGAGUGAAGCAGUUCAAGGCAGCAGCUGACCCUCACAGCACAGUACAGCCCCUUCGACCCACAAUGUUGUGCCGAUCUUUCAACCUACUCGAAGAUCAAUCUAACCCUUCUCUCUCACAUAGCCCUCCAUUUUCCGUGUGCCAAAUAACCUCUUAAAUGCCCCUAAUGUAUCUGCGUUAAACACAACACCCCUGGCAGGCCGUUCCAUGCACCCACCACUCACUGUGCAAAAUACCUACCUCUGACAUCCUCCCCUCUACUUUCCUCCAGUCAUCUUAAGGUUAUGCCCUGUCGUAUUAGCCAUCUCAAAUGGCAGUUAAGGAUGGGCAGGGAAUGUUGGUCUUGCCCAAGACACCCAGUUCCUGAGAACGAAGUUUUUAAAUGUCAACUCAGGGUUCUUGCAAACUCUCUGAAGAUCUGCAUUUCGGAGACCUUUCACCACAGAGCUUUGGGGCUGGAGUCCACUGUGAUGAUCAGGUCUGGGCUUGUCUGAGACGCAGUGUUGGAACAGCGAUGCUCUCAGUAACACAGUGUCGACCCUCCCUGGGACAAUGAUCUGGCCCAACCCCGCUUUAUUAACCCAACCCAUCCAUUCCUUCUCAGUGUUAAUGUGCGUUAAUCAGACUGAUCUUAACAUCUAAAGAGAUAUGAGUUGAUUCUGUGCACACAAUGAAGCAAACAUUAGCAUUAUAAUUCUAGAUGUGUUGACUUUGAAUGUUUAUCUAUGAAUCACUACUCUGUGUAACAAUUAAUAAAGCCUUAA